UUUAUUACUUAUCUGUUCCACUGUUACAUCACUGAAUUCGGAAUUUAAUUUUCCGAUCACAUUUUAAGUUUUCUACUGUGCACUUGGAUCGUGGAUAAACUUUAAAAAACUUAAAAUGAGUGCCUGGAGACAAGCGGGUCUUAAUUACAUAAACUACUCCAACAUUGCUGCAAAAAUUUUGCGGCGGUCAUUAAAACCAGAACUUCGUACAGAAGCUCUGAGACGUGAUGAGUCCCAUGUCAGAAUUACACCUUGGGCUAACGGCAGGCCUGCUCAUGAAAAGGAUUAGAUGAAUCUACAACAGAAUGCUGCCAAGUAGAUGGGUUUAAUCAAGAUGGUGAUGAAUAAUUUAUGUUAGUUAUAUUGUAAUAAAUAUCUAUUGCAA